AUGAACUUCCUUGAUUGGGAAAGGAAUCUAAGAAUUAUUCUCAGGUCUGAGGGACGUGAGGACAUCCUAACUACCCCUAUCCCUACUGUGACCGGAACCUCAUCAGAUGAGGAGAAGGCAACAUCAACUCGGGUGAAAACUGAAGCAUUACCUGUUACUUGCCUCAUGCUAGCUGCAAUGGAGCCUGAAUUGCAAAAGAGGUUUUUGCAUUCUGAUGCUUAUACUAUCAUAACUGAACUGAAAACGCUGUUUCAGGAUCAGGCAAGGAUAGAGCGAUAUGAGACUCACAAGGCUAUACUUGAUAGCAAGCUUGUGAAGGGAAAACCAGUGAGUCCUCAUGUGAUUAGCCUGACUGGGCUUUUCAAGAGGAUGGAAAAUCUGGGGACCCCAUAUGACCAAGAGUUGGCCACUAAUAUUAUUCUUAGAUCCUUACAUGAUGGUUUUGCACCAUUUAGAAUGCAAUACCAUAUGAAUGGUCUAAAGAAUGAUCUAAAUGAGCUCCAUAACAUGCUUAAAAAUGUUGAAGGCAAUAUUAUUGAUGACAAGAAGAAGGAAGUUCUAAAUAUCAACAAUGGGAAGGGUUUAAGAAGGUGGCUAAGAAAAAGAACAAUAACUAAGGGAAAGGCAAACAAGUUGCCAAACCCAAGGGUGGUGAGAAGCCAGAGAUGGCUGCUGAUCAUGAUUGUUUUUACUGCAAGGCCAAGGGACACUAGAAAAGAAAUUAUCUCAAGUACCUAG